UGGCGAAGGCCAGCCAGGAACAAACAGAACUGUCUCAUAGCCCUGAAACCAGGUGCUUUGGGAAAGGGAAAGAGACCACAUAAAGCUGGUUUGGACUGGCACAAAGAGCACCAGGAACAGAGGUUGCGGAAUGGAACACCCCCAAAGGAGCCCAGGACUUAAAACCCUCCUGAGAGCUGGAACAACCCGGAGAGCACAGCAGAUCCUUGGACGGCCUGGGCCCAGGACAGCACUCCCGUCCACCUUCCCUCCUCUCCUCUUCUUCUGAAGUUACACUCCGACUUGGCCAGUCUGGGUCGUGCAUGUAGUUAAAGACAAGCAAUAAUUAAAUGUAAGGCUGCAGUGCAAAGUCUGGGGCUGGUAUACACUACAGGUUUAGGUCGAAUUUAGCAGCAUUAUCUCGAUUUAACCCUGCACCCGUCCACAUGAUGAAGCCUUUUUUUCGACUUAGAGGGCUCUUAAAAUUGGUUUCUUUACUCCCCCCCGAUGAGGGAAUUAGCACUGAAAUCGAUCUUGCCAGGUCGAAUUUGGGGUGCUGUUCAUUCAAUUCGAUGGUAUUGGCCUCCGGGAGCUAUCCCAGAGUGCUCAAUUGUGACUGCUCUGGACGGCGCUCUCAAAAAGGCCCGCAAGGCGAGCUCACCUGCACAGGUCACCAUGCAGAGCUCAUCAUCACAGGAGACCAUGCAGUCCCAGAAUUGCCGAAGAGCUCCAGCAUGGACCGAACGAGAGGUACAGGAUCUGAUUGCUGUAUGGGAAGACGAAUCCGUGCUGGCAGAACUCCGUUCAAAAAGGUGAAAUGCCAAAGUAUUUGAAAAAAUCUCCAAUGUCAUGAAGGACAGAGGCUAUAACAGGGAUCUGCAGCAGUGCCGCUUGAAAAUUAAGGAGCUCAGGCAAGCCUACCAAAAAACCAGAGAGGCAAACAGCCACUCUGGUUCAGAGCCCCAGACAUGCCGCUUCUAUGAGGAGGUGCAUGCCAUUCUAGGGGGUGCAGCCACCACUACCCCAACCCUGUGCUUCGACUCCAUCCAAGGAAUGGGAGGCAACAUGGAAGUGGGUUUUGGAGGCAAAGAAGAUGAGGAGGACGAGGAGGUUGUAGAUAGCUCACAGCAAGGAAGCGGAGAAACUCGUUUCCCCAACAGCCAGGAUCUGUUUAUCACCCUAGACCUGGACCCAGUACCCGCCGAACCCACCAAGGCAGGCUCCCAGACCCUGAAGGCAGAGAAGGGACCUCUGCUGCAUAUGUUUCUCCUUCCCAGAGACUAGCGAAGAUUAGAAGGCAAAAAAACCGCACUCGUGAUGAAAUGUUCUCUGAACUUAUGCUGUCCUCCCACACUGACAGAGCACAGCAAAAUAGGUGGAGGCAGACAAUCUCAGAGUUCAGGAAAACACAAUAUGACCGUGAAGAGAGGUGGCAGGCUGAAGGUGGCAGAUGGCGUCAGCUUGCUGAAAGAAGCUCAGGCUGCUGGAGGAUCAAACUCAUAUGCUUCAGCAUAUGGUUGAGCUGCAGGAAAGGCAAAAGGAGCACAGACCACCGCUACAGCCCCUGUGUAACCAACCAACUUCCUCCCCAAGUUCCAUAGCCUCCUCACCCAGACGCCCAAGAACACAAUGCGGGUGCCUCCGGCCACCCAGCCACUCCACCCCAGAGGAUUGCCCAAGCAACAGAAGGGUGGCAUUCAAAAAGUUUUAAAGCGUGGUGUGGCCUUGACCUUCCCUCCUCCACCACCUCACUCGGUGCUUCCCUCCUCCACCCCCCCUCCCAUGCUACCUUGGCAGUU